AUGGUGCAUUUCACAGCUGAGGAGAAGACCGCCAUCACCAGCCUGUGGGGCAAGGUCAAUGUGGAAGAGAUUGGUGGGGAAGCUUUAGGCAGGCUGCUGGUUGUCUACCCCUGGACCCAGAGAUUCUUUGAUUCCUUUGGCAACCUGUCUUCUCCGUCUGCUAUCCUGGGGAACCCCAAGGUCAAGGCCCAUGGCAAGAAGGUGCUGACCUCCUUGGGUGAGGCUGUUAAGAACCUGGACAACCUCAAGGCUACCUUCUCCAAGCUAAGUGAGCUGCACUGUGACAAAUUGCAUGUGGACCCUGAGAACUUCAGGCUCCUUGGGAAUGUACUGGUUGUUGUUAUGGCCGUUCAUUUUGGCAAGGAGUUUACCCCUGAAGUGCAUGCUGCUUGGCAAAAGCUGGUGGCUGGCGUGGCCAGUGCCUUGGCCCACAAGUACCACUAA